AUGUAUGAGCCAAAGCUUGUAAACCAUUAUCACGAGUUUAACCUUAUUCUCCCUGCAAGCAAAGAGCAGAAAAUCUUAAAACCCAAUAAUUUUCUGAUAUUUUAAUAUUUUAUUUAAAAUAUAAAUUGUAUCGUUUUAUAAAUAAAAUCUUUAAAAAUCAAUUCAGCCCAAGAGAAAGUUUAGACGAUUUGCCUGAAACCACUUCAAAGCACUGGAAUGUAAAUAUCUCAACCAAAGCAUUAAACCAAAGAAAGCUGAUAUAUUUCAAUGGGAAAAGUAUCUUGGAAAACUCCAAUAAAUUAACCACAUCUAAAGAUCCUCCAGCUCUUGCAAGCUGUAAGACAAGGAUAGUUAUAAAUAAUAAAAAUACUGAACGACUGAUAAAGAAAUCACUAGCGAAAAAGAAAUCCAGGUCCAACAACAAUUCAAUUACGGAUUCUUCAAAUUUAGUUUCCAUCAAAGAGCCUCCUUCAUUACAGCUAGAAUCUAGCCUAGACAAAAAGCUCCACGAAGGCAUCUUAAAAGGACGAACACUAGGUUUCCCUAACAAGCUAGAUCUCCAGCUCGAUUUUUCCUAUGUGCCCAAAAUGGUCCACAGCUAUGCUAUCCCUAAUGGUCUCUCAGCAUUAAAACUACAAGUAAAACCUGAGAAAACUGGCGUCGAUUUAUAUGAGCCAAAAAUUUCUCAAUUUAUGAACCGGUUUGAAAAGAAGCCAAAUCAGAUUGUAUCAAUGCCAAUUAUAAGAACUGGUAUCAAUGGCUGGAAGCUAAGUUCGACGACUCCUUUGAAAAAGAAUAACUAA